CUGCCCGCACCAAAGAUGGCGGCGGCGCUGAGGCGGAAGGGGCGGCCGGGCGGAGCGGGGCGGAGCGGGGCGGUCCGGAGCAGAGCGGAGCGCUCCGGCCUUCCCCGGCCGUGCGGGGAGCCGAGCCGGGCCGAGCGGGGCUCCGGGGGGGCGCGGGCAGCCGCCGCCGCUGCCAUCUCCCAGCUCAGCCCGCAUGGGGCCGGCUUGAGCGGGGCCGGGAGGCGCGGCGCCAUGCAGUGCGCCGACCCCGCGGCCGCCAUGAAGGGGCCGGAGGGCGAGGGCAAGGCGGAGCCGCCGGCGGCGGCGGGGCAGAGCGGCGGCAAGAGCGGCGGGGGCCGCGGAGCCAAGGGCUGGCACUACAGCUUAAGCAUCUGUUCACUAUGGAUGUUGCCACAGAUGUCUGUGAAGUGUUACAGUGAUCACAUGGAAAAUAUUUAUGGCUACUUAAUGAAAUACACCAAUCUUGUCACUGGUUGGCAAUAUCGAUUUUUUGUUUUAAACAAUGAUGCUGGCCUACUGGAGUACUUUGUGAAUGAGCAGUCAAGACAUCUGAAGCCCAGGGGUACCUUGCAGCUGGCAGGAGCUGUAAUUUCGCCCAGUGAUGAAGACUCUCACACCUUUACAGUCAAUGCUGCCAGUGGGGAGCAGUAUAAACUAAGAGCUACUGAUGCUAAAGAACGGCAACACUGGGUUAGCAGGCUACAAAUAUGCACACAGCAUCACACAGAAGCUAUUGGAAAGAACAACCCUCCUCUGAAAUCUCGCAGCUUCUCUCUUGCAUCUCAAGGAAGUGGCAGCUCUCCUGGUGUGCAAAGAAGACCCAGUCAAAAUGCAGUUUCUUUUUUCAAUGUUGGACAUCACAGAUUGUCAACUGGAAAAAGAGUUCCUAUUCUGCAGCCAGAUCACCUUGUAGAUGUUCGAGAGAUGAUGUCUCAGGCUGAGGGCCAACAGAGAGACUUGAUCAGGAGCAUAGAAUGCCUUCCUGUCUCCGGUCACCUUACGUCCUUGGAUCAAGACCUAUUAAUGCUCAAAGCAACUUCCAUGGCAACCAUGAACUGCUUAAAUGACUGCUUCCAUAUUCUCCAGUUACAACAUGCUUCACAACAAAAGGGAUCCUUACCAGCAGGAACAACGAUCAAUUGGCUGGAACCAAAGAUACCUCUUUCAAACCACUUCAAAAAUGGAGCAGCUCAGAAUUUCCCAGCAGAGAUAAACAAGCCAGCAUCUGUCAGAGAAGAGCAGUGCAUCGCAGAGCCCUGCCAGCUAACAAGGGAACCUGAAGAAAUAAAUCCAGAUGAGGAGCUGGAGGAUAUCGGUGAUGAUAAAGAAGAUAACGUGGGAGCAGUGGAGGAGCAGCGCAGUGUUAUCUUGCAUCUCUUGUCUCAGCUGAAACUUGGCAUGGACUUAACAAGAGUGGUUCUUCCUACUUUUAUUUUAGAGAAGCGAUCGUUGUUGGAGAUGUAUGCGGACUUCAUGUCCCACCCGGAUCUCUUCAUUGCAAUCACAAACGGCACCACCCCCGAGGAGAGGAUGAUCCGCUUUGUUGAGUAUUAUCUAACUUCGUUUCACGAAGGUCGCAAAGGAGCUAUCGCCAAGAAACCGUACAAUCCCAUCAUCGGGGAAACGUUUCACUGCUCUUGGAGGAUGCCGAAGAGUGAAGUAGCUGCUGACACUGGCAGUAACUUACCUGCUCACUCCCCCUCAGAGCAAGUAACUCUGUCUAAAGAUCUGGAAGGCCAAACAGAGUCGGACUACUAUACAGUAAAAUUUGUGGCUGAGCAAGUGUCCCACCAUCCUCCCGUCUCAGGGUUUUAUGCUGAGUGUGUGGAGAGGAAGAUGUGUGUCAAUGCUCACGUCUGGACAAAAAGUAAAUUCUUAGGAAUGUCAAUAGGAGUGACAAUGGUUGGUGAGGGUCUCUUAAGUCUCUUGGAACAUGAGGAGGAAUAUACUUUCUCUCUGCCCUGUGCAUACGCUCGAUCAAUUUUAACCGUUCCCUGGGUAGAACUGGGAGGAAAAGUCAACAUCAACUGUGCAAAGACUGGCUAUUCUGCAAGUAUCAACUUCCACACCAAGCCCUUGUAUGGUGGCAAAUUGCAUCGAGUCACGGGUGAAGUGAAGCAGAACACGACAAACACAGUGGUGUGCAGAGUGCAAGGAGAGUGGAACAGCAUGCUCGAGUUCACCUACAGCAACGGGGAGACAAAACACGUGGACUUGACAAAACUGUUGGUGACAAGAAAACGAGUCCGGCCCAUUGAGAAGCAAGGACCAUUUGAAUCUAGGAGGCUGUGGCAACACGUAACAGAGUCUCUGCGGGAUGGAGACAUCGAUAAAGCUACAGAGCACAAGCGAGCCCUUGAAGAGCGACAGAGGAACGAAGAGAGGCUUCGUGCUGAAACAGAAACACCUUGGUGUACUAAAUACUUUCUCAAAGAAGGAGAUGGCUGGGUUUAUCAUAAACCCCUUUGGAAAGCAGUCUCUGCUGUGCAAGCUCAGCAAACGGACACUAACUAGAAAAGCUGCUUACAGAUGAGUUUCCUGUUUCUGAUAUUCUCUCUUUCCCUGUCUCUCGAAACACAGUAAUCACACUGAGUGUCCCCUUUUUAUGUAAUAGUGAAAGCUUAAAUGAGCAUAAAGAAAUAAACUAGGGCACUUUAAAGCUAUUCAAAACGAGGUGGUAGAGACAAACUUGCCAGAUGCAUCCAACCAACUUGUUUUUUGUAUGAUCCAGAAGAUUUUAUCCGACUUCUAUAAGAUUCUUCUAAAUAGGUGUGAUUGCAAAAGCUGCCUAAGAGAAGGAACUGUUUGGUUUUUGGAGUGACGUGGGAACUCUUUUCUACAUCAAGCUCUAAUAACUGAAACAUGCUCAGUACCCGUGUAGACAACAGCAACAACAAAUUGCUGCUUUUAUGCCCGGCGUUAAACCUUUUUUGGCAAAAACUGGAGAGGUGUUUGGAAGACACGCCUGAAAUCAGUGUUAAACAACUGGAUUGUGACAACUUUUUUCUUCAGAGAGAAUGCGUGCAUGCUUUGGAGGAAUAUGGAAUAUACGUAGAGACUACCUUUCUUUUUUAUGGAUUUAUAAAAGCAAUUAGAAUUGUAACCAUGGAGAAAUUUUUCCUCUGAAACAUUUUAAUAUACUUGAAAUAAUUGACUUGAAUUGGAAAAGUAAUUUGAACACUUUUCAACUCCUAAUUUUAUUAAAUCUUUGAGUGACUUUGAUUUUUUUUCUCAUGUUGUAAUGUACUGAGGUUUGGCCUUUUCUCCUCCACCUUCCCCUUCUAAGGACUAAGGCUUUCAAACAGAACAGAAACUACACAAUUUUGUAUUUAAACUUCUCUACCCAUCAAAUCAUCGCAAAGGUGAAGUAUCAGUGUUACAAACUAUCCUUUGGAUUGUUUUGGUUUUUCUCCUGUGGUGUUAUUCAGAACAAAGCAGUGAAAUGUGACCUGUGAAUACAUGGACUGUAGGCUUUGGUUUUUCAUCUUACCAUAAAAAAAAAAAAAGCAAAAAGCUGAUUAUGCUGAAGACUGGGUAUUGAUUUGAAACACAAUCAGAUAUCAGGAAACUGUAUUCAGGUACAAACAUCCUUUGUUUUUUAUAACUAUUUUAUUGAGGUCUAAAAAUUGCUGGCAAUUAAGAAUAGUACCUAUUAUGGCUUUCGUUAUUGUUGUAACUACAAGCUACCUUAAUUUUUCCAACAGUGGUGCCUUACUCUGUUUUUUCUUCUGAUGUAGUCUUCCAGUCAGUGUAUAUAACAUUAUCUGCCACUUCCCAGCCAUGGCAAUGGCUGCACCUGAUCCAUCCUCAUGAGAACUCACAUCUUUGUGAUCUGGUAAGAUGUUUUCUGCGGAGAAGAUACAAGUGUAAGAAUGCAUCAGAAGGUUUAAAUAACCAUGUUAACUUUCAACACAAACUGUAAAUUGUGCAAAAGAAAAAGUUGGAUUUAUGCACAACUAUUUUGAUUUUUCUUUUUUUUUUUUUUUUGCUGUGAAAUGCACUGAGAUCUCCAUGCGAGUCAUCAUCCCUUUGUGAGAGGUGGGGGUGGGGGUAAUAAAACGACAAAAUAAAUAAUUUGUUCUGUUUGCUUUCCUAGAGAUCAGGUGGCCAGGAAGAAUUGAUUGGUGUCUUUUAUGCUGGAGAUCUGUCUGUUGGGGCUUUCACUGGCCCUUAAAGCGAGAUAUUUUGGCACUGUGCACUUCAGUAGUAACUCUAUUCUCCAGCAGAAGAAUGUGUUUGAGACCCUGCUGUCUUGUUUGUGAUAUUCUAUACAACUACCCUGUCUUCUUAGUUUUGGUUAUCUAUUGGGCAUUUUCAUGUUCAACCAGGAAUAAAAAUAAAAAUGAAAACAAUGGGAUUA